GAGUGCAGAUGAAUAUAUGACAUCGGCAAUGACAGUUCAGUACGAGUAUCGAAAAACAACAACACAUUAAUUGUUCGCCAAGCUAGGAGGGCUAGCACGGAAAAAUCAUAACUCGCAAUAAUCCGACCGAAAUACGAUGCAAAUCUGCGUGCCGGAGGUGUUCGCUGUCGAAUGAUGCGCUAUUCGGAAAUACCGCGCGACCUUGCCGAGAGACAAACGUGCAAAAGCAAGCUCGGUCGAGAGGCGAAAGCAGGCCGCAGCUUAUCGUCAACAGGCGGCCACAACGAAUCGUACGAUGGCGACGGUGAUGAUGGAUACGAGCGAUUCUCCUCCUCCUCCUCGGGGAACGUUUCGCAACAGCAUGUGGAGAAAACGUUGGACGGAAGCAUCGAUGCGCCAUUAAUCGAGGACGGCAAGCGAAAACCGGAACGGCAACGCGAUCGGCCACCGCUGGACGAUAAACACUUGUGCCAUAAAGCGACUGGAGGUUCGAUCGAAAGUCUCAACGAUGGGUGUACGGCAACGUCGUCAUUUAGGCCAUGGCAUAGCUAUUCGAAAAAAUCGUACAGCCUACCGCCGAACACGACGAUUAGCGACGUGGGCUCGAUCGUAUUCAGCUGCCAGCAGGUAUCGCCAGCCGAACUGGCCGCCCAGAUAACGCUGCUGGAUUUUCCCAUCUUCAACGCAAUUCAACCCGAGGAGCUGACCGGGUGCGGCUGGACGAAGAAAAACAAACAUACGCUAGCGCCGAAUGUGGUGGCCUUUACCAAGCGCUUCAACCAUACGACAUUUUGGACCGUACAGGAAAUACUCAAUGGCGUCAGUCCGAAGGAUCGUGCCGAAAUCAUCAGUCAUUUUAUCAAGGUGGCAAAAAAAUUACAUGACAUCAACAACCUUCACUCACUGUUUGCCGUAAUAUCUGCGCUCAAAAGUGCCAGCGUGCAUCGAUUAAAGGAAAGCUGGCUGCUGGUGUCCCGCAAAGAUCAGCAACAGCUGGACCGCUUAAGCGCGCUGUUCGAUGAGAGUGAUAAUUGGGCGGCAUUGCGAAAAUGUUUAAAUCAGUUCAAGCUUCCCGGCAUACCGUACCUGGGGAUAUUUCUGACGGAUAUUAUCUACAUCGAUCUAAUGCAUCCUAGCAAAUCGGGAGAGGAGAGCUAUGCACGUGAAUCCAAAAUGAACAACGUGCUGCGGGUGUUGUCUAGCUACCAAAGUUCGAACUACACGUUCAUCAGUCCAGUACCACCGACGCUUCGCUACCUGCAGUCGCGCCGGUAUAUCGACGAGCUUCAGAACAUAUUCGAGGAGGAUCAAUACAAGAAAUCUCUCAACCUGGAGCCCACUCCGGCGACCGCUUCAGCCACGACGUCGUCAGUCGGUACUGUGCGUUUAACAAAACCAAAAACGGACCAGAGUGAUAUUGGUAGCCGCAGUGCUAGAACUAGAACUUCUCUUGCCUUGCCCGAGAGCGAAGAUUCUCCAGAUGCACAUGCGCUAUGCACACCAAACACAAGCAGCCAGAACGCUAUUCAAACGGCGCGGCAGUUUGUGCCUGGCCACAGGAAAUGUUACAGCUUAGGGACGAACAUUUUUUAUCCUAGAUCUUCCGAACAAUCGAGCGCCUCCUCAUCGGCAUCGAGCAGCCGCCAGUCUAGGGCAGCGGACGGUUUGAGCAAGAUGCGCCAUUUGCUCGACGAUUCCUAUGUGGAAGCUAGGCGCGCAAAUAGCAUCGCUGUCACCGGUUCUACUGGGGGCGGCCAGUGCAGCAGCGAUCAUGAAUCGGACCACGCCACGGCUCUGCAGUUGGUCGAGCUGGAACCGAUAACGAGUGGCAAUUUGGUCGAAGGCUACCUGAAGAGGAAAACGGUCCUGAAGUAUGGUCGCAAACCGACCGUAGCAUCCUGGCAGCGAUACUGGGUACUGAUAUGGUCCAACACGAUGAUCUACUUUCCUCCCAAAACGUUUAAAGGCAACGAACGAAGCAACUUUAAGAAAGAACCAUCCAAAAUAUUCCCCCUCGAAGGAUGGACGGCCGAAGAGUCGGAUCUUCCGCUGCAGGACGAGUUCUUCCAGCUGGUAAACUACAACCAUGGCCACGCGUAUCGUUUCAAGUCCGGCUCGAAUGCGUCCGCCAACAGGUGGCUGGCGGCACUCAAGCAGGUGACCACCCCGAAACCGGCGGAACCACUAUCUAUCUCUUUGAAUCUGAUAUCGUUUGAAUAGCGAGCGCUGUACCUCUCCCUUCUUUCCUCCGCAUUGACUUUUUUGUUGGCAAACGGUUGCUUUUGAUAUUAUGCAUACGUAUGCCCUGGAAAGGACUGUGUCCACACCGGGGAGCUACGGAUACAUUUAGCAAGACUGGUUCAUCAUGCAUUGCGUGCAUUAUUAUUGCGCUCAGAUUAGAAGAAAGGAGGAGGCGUACACCAAUUGCUUUCCUUUUCCGCCUUUGCAAGUUUGUGUUUUCGUUUUGUUAGGCCGGUUGUAAAAAGGGUAAAGAUCUACGACACGGCGCCUCUGGUCGGAAAUUAAUGCUUUGUGCCUAGGUAUAUUUGUGAAUCGGUGGCGUUAAUCAAGCAGUAGUCGGUAGGUGUUAUGACCGGUAUCUCUUUUUGUUGUGGUAUUUUGAAAACCGUUUUCUCAAUCGUUUUACAAAUAGCAGAGUAGGGCGCUGAACCACAAACGAUAAUCACCAGCACCAGGAACAUUGUUUUCGCUGUAUGCAUGGUCGGUGUAACACAUUAUCAAGCUUAAAAGUACCAAUAAAGGUGUUUUCAAAAAUGGUUUAAAAAUA